AUGGAAGCAGAGCUGAGUCGCACAGCAAAGAUCACUUCGUCGUUAAUAUUUGGUGGGUUUGUGUUGCUUUAUGUGCAUCUCUAUAAUGUUUUGGUGUUGAAGCAGAAAAGGGUUCGAUCAAAGCUUCAAAGCCAAGGGGUUGGAGGACCUUCACCGUCUUUUCUUUAUGGAAACAUUCCUGAAAUGAAGAAGAUCCAUGUCCAUCUCCGAUCAACGACGAUGACAUCUCUGACAGACCACCAACACCAUCACCAUGGCGAUGGCAGUGGUGGUGCUCUUUCUCACGAUUGGCCUUCCACCGUGUUCCCGCAUAUAGCGCGGUGGCGGAACGAAUACGGACCAAUAUUCAUGUAUUCAAGAGGGAACAUACAGAAUCUAUGCAUAACAGAUCCAGAGAUGGUAAAGGAAGUGAGUCUGUGCACAUCUUUGAACCUAGGAAAGCCUUCUUUUCUAUCCAAGGAGAGAGGGCCUCUGCUAGGCCAAGGCAUUCUAUCAUCAAAUGGACAAUAUUGGGCUCACCAGAGGAAAAUCACUGCUCCAGAGUUCUACCUUGACAAGGUUAAGGGCAUGGUGAACCUUAUGGUGGAGUCCACUGCUACAAUGAUACAAUCUUGGGAGGCUAAAAUCGAAAAUGGAGGUGGCAAUGCAGAAAUAAAAGUUGAUGAGGAUGAGGAGUUUGUCAGCAGAUGUGAUCUCAAGAGCUUGUUUUGGAAGCAGCUAUGCCCAAGGGGAAGAGAUAUUCUUAAAGCUCAGAACUCUUCAAACUGUCAUGUCCAAGGGAAACAUUGGUGUUCCUGGCUCAAGGUAAAAUUACGUUUCGUUUACUCGGACAUCGACUUCGAAACUUUCUUUUGGAUGGCCCGGAUCCACUAA